UUUCAAAACGCUGCCGUUUUAGGUAAGGAGACCUUAUUGUUGUUAUUCAGUGACUUCAUCACUCUGAUCGGCGGAUCAGGUCGUCGUCGUCGUCGUUGAUAGUGAUAGGGUUCGGCGCACUGUUUGAGAGAGAGAGAGAGAGAGAGAGAGAGAGAGAUUGGGAACGAAGCCAAUCUAGUUAAUUUUGGAUGCCGAGAUUAAUUCCGAUAGCGUCUUCGUCAACGGUGAAGGGGUUGCUUCGUCGGCAUUAUAUUCUUCGGGAGAGAGGUAACAACAAUCCGGAGAAGACGACUUGUCCCUCGAUUAGUUCUCGACCUUUCUCCGGCGGUGCGAGUCGUCAUCAUCAUCAUCAUCAUCAUCAUCACUACCGAGAGAGAUUGACAAGUGAGCUUCUUAACUCUAUAAAGUUUGACGAUGCGCUCGGUUUGUUCUGUGAGAUGCUUCAGUCUCGUCCCAUUCCUAACAUUGUUGAUUUCAGUAGAGUUUUGACUGCCAUAGCUAAGAUGCGCAAGUUCGAUAUCGUCAUCUACCUCUCUCAGAAGAUGGAACUCUUUGGAGUUUCACACGAUCUCUAUAGCUUCACCAUUUUGAUUCAUUGUUUCUGUAGAUGCUCUCGUCUCUCUCUUGCUCUUGCUCUUCUUGGUAAGAUGAUGAAGCUUGGCUUUCACCCCACUAUUGUCACCCUUGGCUCUCUCCUCCAUGGCUUCUGUCUCCGCAACAGAUUCCACGAGGCUGUUUCUCUCGUUGACUCCAUGGCCGGAUUGGGAUUCCAACCUAAUGUCGUCAUCUACAACACUGUCAUCAAUGGUCUUUGCAGAAACAGAGAUUUGAGUAACGCCCUCGAGAUAUUCCACGGGAUGGAGAAGAAAGGAAUCCCACCUGAUGCUGUUACUUACAACACUCUGAUCAGUGGCGUUUGUAACUCUGGUAGAUGGAACGACGCUGCUAAGCUUCUCAGAGAUAUGCUCAAGAGGAACAUCGAUCCUAAUGUUAUCUUUUUCAGUGCGCUCAUCGAUGCGUUUGUGAAAGAGGGUGACCUUUUGGAGGCUAAAAGCUUCUACAAGGAGAUGAUUAGAAGAUCUGUAGAUCCUAAUAUCUGCACUUACAAUACACUCAUCAAUGGGUUUUGCAUUCACGGUCGUCUAGGUGACGCCAAACAUUUGUUUGAUCUUAUGGUAAGCAAGGGCUGUUCCCCGGAUGUGGUGACCUAUAAUACUCUCAUUAAUGGGUUUUGUAGGUCUAAGAGGGUAGAAGAUGGGAUGAAACUCUUUUGUGAGAUGACUCAUCGAGGAUUGGUUGGCGAUGCAUUCACUUACAACACUCUUAUCCACGGUUAUUGUCAAGCGGGCAAACUUCACGUUGCACAAAAGGUUUUCAAUCGGAUGGUUGAUUGUGGUGUGCCUCCUGAUAUUGUUACCUACAACAUUUUGUUAGAUUGUCUAUGUAAUAACGGCAAGAUAGAGAAAGCGUUGGUGAUGGUAGAGGAUCUACACAAGAGUGAAAUGGUUGUUGAUAUUAUUACGUAUAAUAUCAUCAUUCAAGGGAUGUGCAGAACUGGUAAGGUGAAAGAGGCUUGGUGUUUAUUUCGUAGCCUCACACUCAAAGGAGUGAAGCCUGAUGCUAUAGUAUACAUUACAAUGAUAUCAGGGUUGUGUAGGAUAGGCCUACGGCGUGAAGCAGACAAGCUCUGUACAAGAAUGAAAGAAGAUGGGUUUAUGCCAAGUGAACACAUCAAUAAUGAGGCACUUAGAGAAGAUCACUACACAAGCGUAUCAGCUGAACUCAUCAAAGCAAUUCAUGAGUAAAGCAGUCUGCCAAGUUGCUUAAGACAGUAAAAGCAAGGUCAUCGAUUUUGAUGGGAGACUGGACAAACUUUAAAGUUAGGUAAACAACUCCAAAGCCAUUUUGUUGAUUUGCUUUGGGAAAAUUAAAAGGUCUGGUGGGGAAAGAAGCUCUCUAACGCAUAGAUAAGUUGUAGUGUACAUGUUGUAUCUUUCAUAAGCACAUUUGUAGCAUAUACCAACAUAUACUGAUCUGCCAUUCUGUAAUUUUAUGCUUGUGCUGUGUUGGAUAAACCCAAGUAACAAAAUAAGAAUUUUGACCUUAUGAUCUCUUA